AUGGCUCGGAUGAUGUAUGUAGGAGGGAGCGAGCUGGGGCUGAGCGCGGAGAGCUUCCGUCAGGCUUCGUCCUGCUCAAAACGCCGUCGAGUCCUGGCAGUAGCGGCAGUUUCUUUCUGCCUUGCCGUGAUAGCAGCUGUAGCUCUUUCUGGAAGAUUCCCAUCGUCCACGGGGAGAACGGGAAGGAUCACGAUUGAGCUCACGGAUAGAAAUGAAUUUGAGUCUGAGCCCGCAUGGGAUGCAAAUUGGAAUUUGAAGGAUAUUCAGCACCAUCUUGUCUUGACACAAAGGCAGCAGACGACUAGGAACAAGAACUUUGAUGAACAUGUAAAGCGCCUCGACCAGGACAUCGAGGAUUUGAUGAGAAUGGCCAAGCAACCAGGUCCAGCAGGACCUCAGGGUCCAACUGGUCCAGAUGGUCCCCCAGGUCCUCCAGGGAAGGACGGUCCUCAGGGUCCUCAGGGACCUCCGGGCAAGGACGGCCCCCCAGGCAAGGAUGGACCUCCAGGAAAAGAUGGCCAACCUGGGAAGCAGGGUGAACGAGGGCCUCCCGGCGAGAAUGGAACUCCGGGCCCCAAGGGAGACCAGGGCCCUCCGGGAGCCCCCGGUCCAGCUGGACGCCAGGGCCCACCUGGUGCCACGGGCCCACCUGGAGAGAUGGGACUUCCAGGCCCACCGGGUAUGAUGGGAGAGCCCGGACCUGUUGCUCACGUACAUGUCAUUCACCAUAGAUACAUGAGCGGCGGAAACUCUGGGGAGGAUUAUUCUUAUCAAUCUAGCGGAGGGUAUUACAAUACCAGGGCACCUGAAGCCGAUCCGAGGGCAGAGAAGUGGCAAGGCUGGGAUCGCUCACCUCAGGCCCCUCAGGGUGGCAGCGACGACUAUGUGAACUUCGGCAGGAACGUCGAGAACAACUAUGAAACUGCUCCGACACAUGCCGAUGCGAUCGUGGGUCCUGCGCCGAGUGGAAUUUGCCUCAGUUGUAACACGGCAUUCCCAACACAGAAGGCAGAAGACGGGUACAAGAAACGAGGCUCCAUCGCUGUCUCGAAGGUGGACGCUAACGGAUAUUACUACCUCAACGUUGCCGGAGAGGUCGGGCAUGAGAUCCGCGCGGUGCUUCAAGGCGCCGACGGUUAUCACCGACGAUGGCAAGGAUUCGGUCAAGUCUACACUGGCCCCAUCAAGGCUGGGGGGUAUGGCUCCAAGGAUUAUCUUCAGGUUCAGGAUCUGACGACCGGAGAAACCGAAUACUUUAGAUUUCAAUUUUUGUGA